AUGCGAUCUUCUUGUCCCAGGUUCUGUCUGGACAGCAACACCGCUGACCAAGAAGAGCUUGGAUGGAAAUCUGCCGAGAGUGUCAGUGGUCCCACCCCCUUUUCCGUGAUGCUGGGAACCGAUUCCAAGUUGGGCCAAUUCCACUCUAAGUGUACAAGAUCGAUUUGUCUCAAUUACAUGGAGAUCAGCAACCUAGGUGAUGUCUGGUCAUCAACCACACUUUAUUUAUUCCCCUUCAAUUACUCGGACCACGCAGCCUACAUGGAACGAACCCGCACAGCGCUUCCCCAGCCGCCGCUGCAGGGACAGGGGUCCGGUCCAGCCACGUUCACUGGGUUGCAGAACACCGCCUCGCCUCGCUGCGCCAGAAAACAUCUCUAUUUGUCUCUCUUUUUGGCAGUGCAGUCAACACCGCGCCAGGUCGCAUAUACUCACACUGUUCCGCUUCUCAUGGACAAGAAAUCAUGGGAACCCAACGCGGUGACCCUCCUGGUGGCUGGGGAGAAAAGAAAAGCCAACUUCAAGUUUCGUGAAAACAGCAUGUCCAAUCUUCCACGUUCCGUUUCCCCUGUGGGCAGCGAGUCAAACCGCAGCAAGCCAGGGGUGGACGACAGACUAACGACGAAAGCAGAGAUGAAGCAAUCCUUCUUGUCUGAAGAGACCCAGCCCUACAGGCUUCGAGCCCCAUUGUCAUAUUUUCAUGGCUUACCUGAUCGUGUUGCUAUUCUUGGGCGAGUGCCAAGCAUCAUCCAGCCAACCACGUCGAACGACAAACGUCUCGAGCCAGGAUCCUCGUCCGAAAUUCUGCAGGGGAACUCUCUCGCUUUGGUGCAAACAGCGGGCUUUACCAAGCAGCCCAGCAUCAUAGGACUGGGCAUGCAGAAUACCGUGUCGUCCCUGGCCAUGGCCAUGCUUCCUUCGGCCGCUUCUCAUUCCCCUGUCCUGUCCUGUCCUGUCAAUACACAGCCGGGCCCACGAUGUUCCAAUCCCAUCGAGGCAGUGUACUACCAGGGACCCCCUGCUGACUGCCCGUUUCUCACUCGCGAUGGUUUUCUUGGCCCUCUGACCCUAUUUCUCUUGUGCAUGAGCCUUAAUACAUAUACACCGUCCUCGUCGCCUGUCAAGAUGGGCUUCUUCCUGGCCUAUCCAACUCACCCAAUACCUCAUCAACAGUAA